AUGGAGCAGUUGGGAGUUAACAGAGUAGGUUUGGAGGUUGGGGGACAUGGGAUUGAUGCAGGAGAGUUGUAUACAGGGGAAUUUGAGCAGGAAGCAUCGCCUAAUCCUGGUGCUGGAACCUACACCAUUGAUGCGCUCGAGAGAGGAGGGGCAGAGGAGGAGGAGGAGGAGGAGGAGGAGGAGGAGGAGGAGGAGGAGGAGGAGGAGGAGGAGGAGGAGGAGGAGGAGGAGGAGGAGGAGGAGGAGGAGGAGGACUUGACACUGAGGAGCAACGACUGGCAGAACGAGCACAGUAGAGAUGGAAGUGAGUCGUCAUGGCUGUUGAAGUAG